CUUUUAAUUUAACCUAACCCUUUUACAAAAAAAAAAAAAAAAAAAUCUGGAAACCUAAUUUCCAGGAAGUUUACCUGAAGAGGACAAUUCAAUAUAUAGGAGUUGAUUGGCCACAAAUUAUGCAAACUCUUCGAGUCAUGUAGAAGAACAAACCGCAAUGAGCUGCCUUCAUAAUUGAUCAAUUGUUCCGACAUCUCUCAAUAAAUUAUACUACAAGAUUUUCCACAUGUUGCUACGAACAUUGGACUAAUAUUACACAUCUUACCUAACUAAAUAAGAAUAACUUUACUACGUAGACAAAAAGAAGACUUAAACAAUUAAUGUCCCUCAGAAAAUAAAUAAAAAAAUCACUUCUUGAAAUACUAUACAUUUUUCACUUUAACGUCAAAGAAUGGGACAAUAAUAGUAUGCUAUAGGGAAUUUAUGAGAACAGUCUGGCAGAGGUUAGAGAAAAAAACAAACUUUAAAAUCCAAAAAUUUACCAGCAAGUCAUAACUCAGCACAUUAUUGUUGAUUAGUCUGUUUUUUCUGGAGUAAGAAAUCCAAUAGGGAUUCCAAAUCUACCAUAACAUAAGGAGAGGAGGUAGAGCAAUAGCUUGGGUUGACCCUCUUAAUGAAGAUCGAUCUGGCAGAGGAGAAGUAGAUCCAUUCAAGUCCAAAGCAAGGUGGAAAGUCUAAGGCUUGGGAGGGAAUGAAACAGACAGAAUGUCACUACUAGCAUUCAAGAAUAUGAUCAUUGAUGACCCUUUCAAGAUCAUGGACUCCUGGAAUGAAACUAUACAUUUUUGUGACUGGCCUGGGGUUUCAUGUGGUCGACGUCAUCCCCGAGUUACAGUUUUAAAUCUUACUUCUCUGAAAUUGAGGGGUUCUCUGUCACCAAGCAUUGGUAAUCUGAGCUUUCUUUGUGUCCUUAAGCUCCAAAAUAAUAGUUUUUCAGGAUGCUUCAAUCUUGUUUCUGUUGUUCUUUCAUAUAAUAUGAUGGUGGGCAAAAUUCCAGCAGAAUUAGGCACAUUGUUGAAACUCAAACAACUUUCUCUUGUUUCUAACUAUUUUACAGGAGGAAUUCCGCCUUCAUUUGGUAAUCUUUCUUUACUUGAUACCUUUUCCGCAAGCAAGAAUAAUUUGUUAGGGAAAAUACCUGAUGAAUUAUGUCAAUUGCUCAACUUAAAGUACUUUGUAGUGAAUGAGAACAACUUGAGUGGUACCCUGCCUCCUUGUCUUUUCAAUCUUUCCUCUAUCGUGGCCAUAGAUGUUGGAACAAACCAUUUAGAAGGAAAAUUGCCUCCAUUGCUUGGUAUUACUCUUCCUAGUUUAGAGUUCCUUAGCAUUUAUAGAAACAAUGUAACUGGAAAUAUUCCGGUAACAUUGUCAAAUGCUACGAAUCUUCAGUCUCUUAUUGCUAGUAGAAAUGGACUCACAGGAAAAGUACCACCCCUUGGAAAUUUGCUGAAAAUGCGGAGAUUUUUAGUUGCUUUCAAUUAUCUUGGGAAGGGGGAGGAUGAUGACCUUAGCUUUCUCACCACAUUGGUGAAUGCCACCAGCUUGGAGCUUUUGGAGCUCAAUACAAAUAAUUUUGGUGGAGUCUUACCUGCAUCUGUUAGUAAUCUUUCGACUGAGCUUAUAGAGCUUUCGUUGUCUUAUAAUCAGAUUUCUGGAAAAAUCCCAAGAGGGAUAUCCAAUCUCAAGAAGCUUCAGGCUUUCUUUGUAGCUUACAACAGAUUUCACGGUGAAAUUCCGUCUGAAAUUGGUGAUCUGAUAUAUUUGCAAGAGCUGGCUUUACUUGGAAAUCAGUUCUCUGGCCAAAUUCCAAUCUCAUUGGGAAAUUUAGCUUAUUUAGCCAAACUCAGUUUAAGAGAAAACAAUAUCCAGGGGAGAAUUCCUUCCAGUUUAGGCAAAUGCCACAAUUUGGAACUGUUGGAUCUUGGUUCAAAUAACCUUAGUGGUUUCAUACCAUCAGAAAUUCUUGAACUCUCAUCCUUGUCGGAGGGCAUGGACCUAUCUCAGAACCACUUAACUGGUUUCCUUUCGAUGGAAAUUGGGAAGUUGAGAAAUCUAGGCUACUUAAACCUGUCUGAUAACAAGUUGCAGGGCCAGAUUCCUACCACUAUAGGUACUUGUGUGAAACUUGAAGCACUAGACAUAAGCAACAACAACUUUCAGGGUAGUAUUCCUUCAACCAUGAAUAGAUUGACAUUCAUAGUUUGUUUCUUGGCAUACGGCAAUUUAGUAGUAUCUUAUCAGUGUCUACUUAGGGAAACUGAUAGAUUUUCUGCAUCAAAUUUGCUUGGAGUGGGUGCUUUUGGGUCUGUAUAUAAAGGAAUUUCUGAACACGAUGGUACGUUUUUUGCUGUUAAGGUACUGGACCUUUCACACCAUGCAGCUUCCAGGAGUUUUUUAGCUGAAUGUGAGGUUCUAAAGAACAUUAGACAUCGUAAUCUUGUAAAGGUUCUAAGUGCAUGCUCAGGUAUUGAUUAUGAAGGUAAUGAGUUCAAGGCCAUAGUUUAUGAAUACAUGGAUAAGGGAAGUCUACAGGACUGGUUACAUUUCACUCCUCAGGAGAAAUCUGAGUCACAGGAAGAGCACAAGAAGCUCGGGUUUAUUCAAAGAUUAAACAUUGCCAUUGAUGUUGCCUGUGCUCUAGAUUAUCUCCAUAAUGAUUGCCAACCCCCAAUAAUUCACCGUGAUCUGAAGCCAAGCAAUAUUCUUCUCGAUGAGAACAUGACUGCACAUGUUGGUGAUUUUGGUUUGGCAAGAUUUGUUCCACCAGCAAUUCCGAACUCAUCAGCAAAUUCAAAAAGUUCUACAGGCGUAGGGGGAACUAUUGGUUAUACACCUCCAGAAUUAGGUAUGGGAAGCGACGCCUCAAUCUAUGGAGAUGUAUACAGCUUUGGCAUUCUGCUCUUGGAAAUGUUUACCGGGAGGAAACCAACUGAUGAAAUGUUCAAAGACAAUUUAAACCUUCAUAACUAUGCCAAUGCUGCUUUGCCUGACAGAGUGAUGCAUAUUGCAGAUCCCAUUCUUCUCCAGGAAAGAGAUGAACUUGGAAUGAAAUACAAAGUUGAUGACAAUACAAGCAGUGCUGUCGACAUAUUUCUGUCAUUCUUAGUUAAGGUGAUUCAAGUCGGAGUUUCCUGCUCCGUUGAAUCUCCAAAAGAAAGAAAGCAGAUCAGUGAUGUUGUUGGAGAACUCAAUUCAUUAAGGAAGUUGUUCUUGGAGCAAGCAUACCCGAAAGAAAAGGUUAUAAGCUUCAACCUGCAUUGACAGAUGAUGACAGUCAUAGGGUUAGUCCUUCUCAUGCUUGGUGACAUGAGGUUAAUAUGCACUGUGAAACAAAUUCAUGAGUUUAAGGUUUGAU